UGACGUUGCGUUGAUGCGUUGCGUUGAUCGUUUCGUGUUCAUGUCGAUAUUUUCAUUUUGAAAAGAGUUGGAAUUCUCUUUUUUUCUAAAUAUUGUUUGCUUCUUGUUAUAUAUCUAACCCGCCUAUGUGCAUAAAAGCCUGCGCAAAGAGUGCAUACUCUAAUAUAAAAUGGAUGCUGCCGACUCUCUGCUAAGCGACAGUGCGGCUGGCAAGCAGGGUCUGGAAGAAGAGGAAUUGUUAUUGAAGCCUAAACCUAAACCCAAUGUGAAGUGUGACUUGGUCAAUGAAUGCAAAGUGUUCAUAAGGGCUGAAGACGGAGGGGGUGAUACACAUCUCAAUAUAACAGGGAACAUGGGCCCAGGGACUAGUGAGAAACCUAAGUUUGUGACUUCCACGCCCGAUCAGAAAAGAGAGAGCCCUUCAGAUAAUCAGAUUGCUGAUUCUAACCCAGAAUGUGAUAUUGAAGGAGUCCCUGACUUGCCCUUGGACGAUGGAAUGCCGAGCACUGUCACUGUGUUGGAUGCUCCUGACGGUGGAAAAGUUUAUUUGGUGGGCACUGCCCACUUCAGCUUGCAAUCUCAAGAAGAUGUGUCCAGGGUAAUACAGGAAGUGAACCCGCAUAUAGUAAUGGUCGAGUUGUGUGAGCAGAGAACCAACAUACUAUUACUAGAUGAAGAAAUAAUUUUAAGAGAAGCUAAAAAUAUUAACAUUAAGAAGAUAAGAGCGACAAUGGCCCAGAACGGAGUGUUCAACGGGCUCAUGUACAUCCUGCUCCUGAACAUGUCCGCGCAUAUCACACGCGAGCUGGGCAUGGCGCCCGGUGGCGAGUUCCGACGUGCCAUGGCCGAGGCCAAGAAAAUACCGAACUGCAUGGUCCAGCUAGGCGACCGCGCGAUAGACAUCACUCUGCACAGAGCCAUCGCGUCCUUGACCUGGGGCCAGACCAUACGCUUCGUAUGGCACUUGCUCACAUCCAACCAGUCUAUUAGUGUGGAGGAGGUAGAGAAGUGUAAACAAAAGAAGAUGCUUGAAGACAUGCUAGAAGAGAUGGCAGAGGAAUUUCCAGCGUUGAAGCGCGUGUUCGUGCUCGAGCGCGACAUGUACCUCUGCCACUCGCUGCAGGUCGCGGCGCUGCAGCCCCGGCGAGAGCCGUGCCGCAUAGUGGGCGUGGUGGGCAUCGGUCACGUGUCCGGCAUCGUGCAACACUGGGGCAAAGUGCGCUCGCAAGACAUCCCGCCCCUGCUCAAGAUCCCGCCAGAAUCCCUGUCGACUCGCAUCAUCCGCGUGUCGGUGCGCGUGGCGUGCGUGGGCGCGCUGGUGUACGCCGGCUACCGGCUGUGGCCGCGCCGCUGGCUGCCGUGAUGCACCGAAAUACCUAAUUGGACCAUCGGAAACACACAUAUAAUAAAUUUAGGAAGACUAAACUGUAAAUAUUACUGGAUGAAAACUCGCUCAUCAAUUAUCUGAUUUAUUAUUUUAUUAAUAAAUAGGUUAUUAGGCGCGAACACGAGUCUCUGAUUAGAAAGUUUAAUUGCUAAAAUUAUUGUAGUGUAUGUUUAUUGAGAUAUUACUUUGCAUU